AUGGCAUGGGAGCGGUUGGUCGACGCGGUGUGGAUUCUAUCCACUUGCCAGGUGAGUAAGGGUAAGGUGAUCACGCGAUCCGGGGCCACGCGGGCACCGUGGGUAGAGGAAGAGGAGGAAGAGGAGGAGGAGGAGGAGGAGGAGGAGGAGGAGGAGGAGGAGGAGGAGGAGGAGGAGGAGGAGAGAGAUACUAUGUCGAUUGAUUCGUUGUCUGUGGACAGCAAUGAACCCGAUUUUUUCAAUGAUAGGAGUGACGGGAUAGAGAAGAUGAUGGAGGAGAUAGCUAUAGGGAGAAUGGUUAAUGUGGAUGCUAUAUUUGAUAUUGAGUGCCCUUUGGAGAAUGAGGAGGAAGCCAGUAAUAUUAUUGUGCUGUUAUUGAGCUCUGUGGAGCGGGCGUGUUUGGAUUUUUGUAUUGAAUUGUUGAAUUAG